ACGAACGAAACCAGCCGCCAUUUCGAGAUCGCCGCCGCCGCCAUGGAUCCGACGCCGCAGUCGCACCCGAUCCUCGCCUACGUGCUCAACCGCCUCCCCUCGCUGCCCGCGGUGAGGACGCCGCGGUCCCCGCGCGAGCGGGACCUCGAGCAGCCGUCCCCGCGCACGCCGGCGUGCGCCGCGGAGAUCGACCUGGUGGGGCGCAUGCCCGGACUGCGCCACCCGUCCGUGCUCUCCGCCAUGACGCGCGCCGUCGCCGACGUCGCCUCCGCGCGCGACGCGAUCCGCCUCCUGGACCCCCGGCCCGACCACGAGCAGGUCGACGCCGCCCGCGCGCUCCUCGCCGCCGCCGGGGGCAAGACGGACGCGGCCACGGAGGAGGAGGAGGAGGAGGAGGAGAAGAAGCUGGCCGCGUGCCGGGAGGUGGUGCGGCUGGAGGAGGAGCACGAGGCGUACGGCGCCCUGCUGCGGAACGCGGAGGAGAAGCUGGAGCACGUGUACCGGAUGGCGAUGCACGGGAGGGGCAUCCAGGAGGCGGGCGGCGGCGACGGUAAAUGGGAGGAGGGAGCCGGGACGGUGGACGAGGAGGUGGUGCGGGUGCUCAAGGAAGCGGAGGAAGGGAGAACAUUGGAGAAGGUGGACCUCGCCGACCGGCAGCUGCGCCUCCUACCGGAGCCCGUCGGCCGGAUCCGCGGCCUCCUCGCGCUCGACGUCUCCCGCAACCAGCUCAAGGUGGUUCCCGAUGCUAUUGGCGGGCUCGAACAGCUGGAAGAACUCCGUCUCGCUUCCAACAAUUUGGUUUCUCUCCCGGAUUCCAUCGGCCUCCUCUCCAACCUCAAGCUCCUCGACGUCUCCGGCAACCGGCUGAGGGUUCUGCCUGACAGCAUCUCGAAAUGCAGCUCGCUGGUGGAGCUGGACGCGAGCUACAACGCCCUGGCGUACCUCCCAACGGGCAUCGGGCUCGAGCUGGUGCACCUGCAGACGCUGCGCGUGCACCUCAACAAGCUGCGGUCGCUGCCGUCGUCGGUCUGCGAGAUGCGGUCGCUGCGCCUCCUGGACGCGCACUUCAACGAGCUCCGCGGCCUGCCGGCCACCAUCGGCCGGCUGUCCGCGCUGGAGACGCUCAACCUGAGCAGCAACUUCAGCGACAUGCGGGACCUGCCGCCCUCGUUCGGCGACCUGGCGGGCCUCCGCGAGCUCGACCUCAGCAACAACCAGAUCCGCGCGCUGCCGGACUGCUUCGGCCGGCUCGGCAGGCUGGAGCGGCUCUGCCUGGACCAGAACCCGCUCGCCGUGCCGCCCCCGGAGGUGGUCGACAAGGGUGUCGGCGCCGUGAAGGAGUACAUGGCGGCGCGGUGGGCCGAGGCCGUCGCCGAGGAGGAGAGGCGGCGUCUGUGCGCCGCCGCCGUGGCGGAGAGCCCCAAGGCGUCCACGCCCAGGGAGUGGCUGACGCGGAGCGUAUCGUCGCUGAGCACCUGGGUGUCGGACGUGACGGUGAAGGUCGUCGGCCAGGACACAGUGGCGGAGGAGGAAGAGUUCAUGCAGCAGGAAUACUGAAGGUGACCCGGCCGUCGCCGUAGAAAAUGACGUCAGGUUGGUUGGUUCGUCCAAGACUAGUGCGCACGGCGCAAGAUGAUCAGACAUUCAUUCAUUUGUUGCUUUGUAAUUUUAUUACUAACGCUUCUUACUGAAAUUUGUAACUAGCACGGAGUGUAAGUGUGUGACACAUUUUCUGGGGUUUGUCUUCAA